AUGCAAAUUGGAAAAUUUAAAUUAGAUCAUUUGGUUGAAAAAAAUAAUGAAUGCAUAAUUUAUAGGGGUAGUGAUUAAGAGGAUAAAUUCAUCAUAAUAUAAUUGAAUCGUUAACCAUUAUUGAAGGUUGAAUUGUUUAACAAACAUUUCCAAGAAGAACUUAAAAUGUUAUUCAAAUAUUGUUAGAAGCCAAAAAUAAUUCCUACAGAUUUUCCAUUUCAAAUACCUGAAUCUGAAACUCUGGAUUCAGAGUUAAUUGAAUUUCCUUCAAUAAUUGAAAUACAUCAAACAGAAACCCAUUAUUAUUUCAUCUUAGCCAAUUGUCUACAGGGUUAAAUAUUAAAUUAGGACGUUGAUCAUCCAAAAACAUUUUUACAGAUUUACACACUUUAUGAUUAUUAUUAUUAAGAAUACUUAGAAGGAAAAAUAAAAGAUCGAGAUUUUGCAUUAAUGAGAAUAUUCAGGAGCCAAGAUAAAUUGACAUUGAUAGAUUUUGGUUUUGCAUGUUUGUAAAAAUAAUUACCCAAAAAGCCUUGGUAAGUGAAAUUAGGUGAACUCUUUAACAGUUUGACAUAAUUCAAAGCAAAAUUAAAAGGAAAAAAUUUAAUAAAUACUCUGUUGGCAGGAAAGAUAAAAUGGGAAGAAAUUAGAGAUUUUAUCAGCAUCUCCUUUGGAUUGAACGAAAUCGAUUAAUCUCUCUAAGAAAAUUAGAGUGAUCGAAAUAGUAAAAUUACUAGAUAAAAUUCAAUUCAUACAAAACAAUAAACUUAAACAUUGAGUAUGUUCCCAUAAGAAAUUAUUACCUUAAAUUAAAAUUCAUCUAGAAAAGCCUCUCCAUAUAACCAUAGCCAAAAAUAAUAAUCAAGAAAUUCCACUAUGAUGUAAACUAGAAUUAUAUCUUAUGGCAAUUAAUAGAAAGAGCACUUUUAAAAAAUAAGAUAAUCAUUGAGUCCAGGAUUUAGUGCAACAAAUAGAUAUCCUUGUAGACUCUUUUAAAUUGAACAGAAUACAUAAUAGCCAAGUCCAUAAGCAAGAUCAGUUUCAAGGAAAGCAUAACAUUUGAGCAACAAUUAAAAGCAACCUAUAACCAAACCUUUAGAAAACUAAUUUGAAUAUAGGAACAGAUCAACUCCAAGAGAAGAAAUUCAAUAUGAAUAAAAUUAAAUACAACAGUUAAUAGGAGAUUAAUAUUUACCAAUACAAGAAUAAUAGAAAUAAAUAUAAAGAAAAUUAAUUUCCAUUACAACAAAUUAGUCCUAAUAUGAAGCAUCUUCAUAUGCACCCACUUUGAUUCAAAGAGGAUAAUCAUUAAAUGAGAAAUAAGAUGGGUAAUUCUAAUAAAACAAUCAUGAACUUAGACCUAAAUCAAGUAGGACUUAAGAUUAAAAAUAAGAACUCAAAACACUCCUUAGAACAUCUACUAGAGAACUGCAACAACCUGGUUAAAUAAAUAAGAAAUCUACUUAAGAAUAUCCAGCCAACAGAACGAUAAAUUAUUCAGAUACAUAAUCAUUAUUUGAUAAUUUAGAAAUUAAAUAAGUCAGAAAACCACAAUCAAGAAGAAAUUCUAUAAGAAAAAGCAGCACUAAUAGUAUAGAAAAUAUAGAGUUAUCAAAUGGUAGUACUGCAAACUAAUAGAGAUUAAUAAUUAACAACAAUUUAUAGAAUAAUCGUUAGAUGUUCAAAACCCCUAGAGAUCAAAGGUAAAUGCAGUAUUCUUUUCAAAAUUCUCCUAUCGAGAACCCACAUAUAAAAAAGCAAAAUCCAAUAAUGGCAUAAUAAUACCAAGAUGAAGUUUAGAAUUUUUAAUAAAAAUCAAAAAAAAACAGUGCAGAAGAAGAUAAUGAUGAGGUUUGUAGUUAUCAGCCCUCUUUCGAAUAACAUUAAAAUAAAUCCAAAAAUUAGGAAAAUGUCGUAUUAAUCAAGAAUAAUAAAUAAAAAGAUAUUGAAAUUGAAAAAUAUAUUGAUAAUGUUGAACAAAUCUAGUAGAAUAAACAAUAUCAAUUCCAAAUGUCAGAAAAAAAUGAAAUUCCUUCAUUUUGUUAAGAAAAAUAGAAAACAAAUAAUCAAGAAAUCAUCUCUUAAUAACAGAGAACAUAAAAUGAAGCUUAAAUCAUUAAAUCUCCUAAUUAGGAUUAACGUAUUACAGUUGAAUCUGUUGAUGAAUAUUAUAAAUAACCAAAAAUAAAGAAAUAAAACUCAUUUAAGUUGCCUCCAACUCCAAAAACUGAUAAAGCAACAAAGGAGUAAUUUAAAAUUGAAUUAUAACAAAAUAAUUAUUUAUAAGAUAACCAAUAAAAGUAAAAAAGUAUUCAAUAAAAUGAAAAUGUGUAAAAAUUAUAAAAAAUUGAAGACUCUCCGAAAUCAAUCAAAAGAAUAAAUCUAAAUGAUAUUGAAGUUGCUCAAUUGAACAUUUAAGAAAUAAAGGUAAAAUUAGAUGAAAAUGAAGCCAGAAGAAUUGCGUAAAUAUAUGAAAAUUAACUAAAAAAGUAUGAUAUAAUAGGUAAAAUGGUUGGAGGGAAUGUAAAAUAUUUUUAGGCUUUAAAAAAUUUUUGGAUAGUUCCAUUAUUUUUAUGUUUCAAAAGAAUGGUGAGUUUUAGGAAAUUAUAUGAGGAAGGAUUAAAAGAGAAAGUAAAUUUUUUUGACCUUGAUAUGGAGAAAGUAAAUUAAGUAGAUAAGAUAAAAAAUCUAGAAACUAAAUUAACAAAUGAUAACAAGAUAGUUGCAUCAGAAUUGGAAUCCUUAUACCUAUAAUGUUAAAAGACAGCUUAAAAAUUUGAACCUAAAGAAUUAGCAAAGAUCUAAAAAUUUUUAAAUAUGGACUUACAAUAAGACAUCAAAGACAUUUAUUUUGUUUAUUUGUACACUUAAAUAUUUCGGACUUUAUAAAAUCUAAGAAUCAAAUGUGAAUCAGAUAAUCAAAAAACAAAGGAAAAUUUGGUAUUGUAAGCCAGUUGUCUAGCAUCAUUAAUAAUAAGUGAAAUGCCUUUCAGCAGUGAUAAGAAGUUCUUUGAUUUAGAUGAAUUUGAAAAAGUUACUGAGAGCUAAUAAUAUAAUUAACAACUUUUAGAACAAUAUAUAAAAACAAAGGAUGAAGUCAUUGGACAUCUCAAAAAAAGAUUGAUCACCAAAGGAAUAAAGAUUUGA